UCGUUGCCAUAGACAAAUGGCAGAAAUAGCUGUUAAUGCAAUAUUAACAGUGGCAGAUAUGGAACGUAGAGAUGUUGAUUUUGAGCUGAUAAAGGUCCAAGGCAAAGUUGGUGGUAGAUUGGAGGACACUCAGCUGAUAAAAGGAGUUAUUGUGGAUAAAGACUUCAGCCACCCACAGAUGCCUAAAGAAGUUAAAGAUGCUAAAAUUGCAAUACUGACCUGUCCAUUUGAACCUCCUAAACCAAAAACUAAACAUAAGCUUGAUGUUACCUGUGUAGAAGACUUCAAGGCAUUGCAGCAGUAUGAAAAAGAAAAAUUUGAUGAGAUGGUGAAACAGAUCAAAGAUACUGGUGCAAACUUAGCUAUCUGCCAGUGGGGAUUUGAUGAUGAGGCCAAUCACUUAUUGCUCCAGAAUGAAUUGCCUGCUGUUCGUUGGGUUGGUGGCCCAGAAAUAGAAUUGAUUGCCAUUGCAACUGGAGGACGCAUUGUUCCUCGUUUCUGUGAGCUGACGCCUGAAAAAUUAGGAUUUGCUGGUAUAGUUAGAGAAAUCUCAUUUGGAACAACAAAAGACAAAAUGCUUGUGAUUGAACAAUGCCAGAAUUCCAGAGCAGUGACUAUCUUCAUUAGAGGUGGAAAUAAAAUGAUAAUUGAAGAAGCCAAACGGUCUCUUCAUGAUGCAUUGUGUGUAAUCAGGAAUCUUGUUCGAGAUAACCGUAUUGUUUAUGGAGGAGGUGCUUCUGAGAUCUCUUGUGCACUGGCUGUUAGUGAAGCUGCAGAUAAGUGCCCGUCCCUGGAGCAGUAUGCCAUGAGGGCUUUUGCUGAUGCCUUAGAAGUCAUUCCAUUUGCACUUUCUGAGAAUAGUGGCAUGAAUCCCAUUCAAACAAUGACUGCAGUACGAGCUCGACAAGUGACAGAAAACAACCCUGCUCUGGGUAUUGAUUGCUUACGUAAAGGAACAAAUGAUAUGAAGGAGCAAAAUGUUAUAGAAACUUUACUUGGCAAAAAGCAGCAGAUCUCCCUUGCCACUCAGAUGGUUAGAAUGAUUCUGAAGAUAGAUGAUAUUCGCAAGCCUGGUGAAAUUGAAGAAUGAACAUGUAAAAGCUAAAGUGUUAUAAAUUUUGUAGUCACAUCAACAGAAUUUUUCCCAUAGGCUGACUUUGUUUGAUGUUAUUGGAUCAAUAAAUUACUAGUGAAACUUCAAUACUUCAGAAGUAUCAUUGAGCAUUUUUUAAGUUAUACUGUAUUUAAUCUUCUGUUCUACGGAGUUUCUGUAGAAAGAAUAAACCUCACUUAUACAUUC